GAGAAAGGGAAGAGAGAGACGCACAGACAGAUAGGAGGACACCCUCUGGAGCCACUUUCAGGCUGAGGAUCUCGCCUUGAUACCCUAGCAGUCCAGGGAGCUAGACGCCAGGUUUAAUGGUUUCCUUUCUUUUUUAUCCUCUUGGGUAGAGUUAACGUUUUUCUACUUGUUCUUAAAAAGAAAUAACCCCGAAGCACAUUCCUUUUGCCCACCUGCUCUCAGUUUCCAGGAUAACCUAAAACUCCAGCCAGCUAUAGCAUCCACUCUGCUCUUUCUGCUUUGCACACAGAUGGAGUGGCCGGACGGGAGCAGCUCUUGGCUCAGCAAAGAAUGCACAGUAUGAUCAGCUCAGUGGAUGUGAAAUCAGAGGUUCCUAUGGGCUUGGAGCCCAUCUCACCUUUAGACCUAAGGACAGACCUCAGGAUGAUGAUGCCUGUGGUGGAUCCUGUCGUCCGCGAGAAGCAACUGCAGCAAGAGUUACUUCUUAUCCAACAGCAGCAGCAAAUCCAGAAGCAGCUCCUCAUAGCAGAGUUUCAGAAGCAACACGAGAAUUUGACAAGGCAGCAUCAAGCACAACUCCAGGAGCACAUCAAGUUACAACAGGAACUUCUAGCCAUAAAACAACAGCAAGAACUCCUAGAAAAGGAGCAGAAACUGGAGCAGCAGAGGCAAGAACAGGAAGUAGAGAGGCAUCGCAGAGAGCAGCAGCUUCCUCCUCUCAGAGGCAAAGAUAGAGGACGAGAAAGGGCAGUGGCAAGCACAGAGGUCAAGCAGAAGCUUCAAGAAUUCCUGUUGAGUAAAUCAGCAACGAAAGACACUCCAACCAAUGGAAAAAAUCAUUCCGUGGGCCGUCAUCCCAAGCUCUGGUACACGGCUGCCCACCACACAUCGCUGGAUCAAAGCUCUCCACCCCUCAGUGGAACAUCUCCAUCCUACAAGUACACAUUGCCAGGAGCCCAGGAUGCCAAGGAUGAUUUCCCCUUGAGAAAAACUGCCUCAGAGCCCAACUUGAAGGUGCGGUCCAGGUUAAAACAGAAAGUGGCAGAGAGGAGAAGCAGCCCCUUACUCAGGCGGAAGGAUGGAAAUCUUGUCACUUCAUUCAAGAAGCGAGUGUUUGAGGUGGCAGAAUCCUCGGUCAGUAGCAGCUCUCCAGGGUCAGGCCCCAGUUCACCAAACAAUGGACCUGCUGGGAAUGUUACCGAAAACGAGGCUUCAGUUCUGCCUCCCACGCCUCACCCCGAGGCUUCUAACUCACUCAAAGACAAGCAGAAGUGUGAGACACAGAUGCUCAGACAAGGUGUUCCUCUGCCCGGCCAGUAUGGCAGUAGCAUUGCAGCAUCCUCCAGCCAUGUUCAUGUAGCGAUGGAAGGAAAGCCCAACAGCAGCCACCAAGCUCUCCUGCAGCACCUACUGUUGAAGGAACAAAUGCGACAGCAAAAGCUUCUUGUGGCUGGUGGAGUUCCAUUACACCCUCAGUCUCCUUUGGCAACAAAAGAAAGAAUUUCACCAGGCAUUAGAGGUACCCACAAGUUACCCCGCCACCGACCCCUGAAUCGAACCCAGUCUGCACCUUUGCCUCAGAGCACACUAGCGCAACUGGUCAUUCAGCAGCAGCACCAGCAGUUCCUGGAGAAGCAGAAACAAUACCAGCAGCAGAUCCACAUGAACAAACUGCUCUCGAAAUCUAUUGAACAACUGAAGCAACCGGGCAGCCACCUUGAAGAAGCAGAGGAGGAGCUUCAGGGGGACCAAUCCAUGGAAGACAGAGCAAGCUCUAAGGACAACAGCACUAGGAGCGACAGCAGUGUCUGUGUGGAGGACACACUGGGACAAGUUGGGGCUGUGAAGGUCAAGGAGGAGCCUGUGGACAGCGAUGACGAUGCUCAGAUACAGCAAAUGGAGUGUGGGGAGCAGGCUGCUUUUGUGCAACAGGUAAUAGGCAAAGAUUUAGCUCCAGGAUUUGUAAUUAAAGUCAUUAUUUGAAUACAAAAUAGGCUGCAGAUUUGGGUAAAUGCUUACUCUUCCCUAUCAGCUUAUCUCUCUCUCUGAUUUUAGUGAUAAAGAAUUCUAAAACAGGUAAAAUGAAUUUUUUUCUAUAUAAAGCAUCGCUCUAUACUUAUCUGUGAGUGAGUAUCAAGGUUUCAUUGAACCUUCACUGGUAAGAAUAUGCCUGUUACACUAAAAAUAUGCUAUAUAAUAUCCACGUAAUCAAUAGGCUUGAGGUCCAUCUCAAAGCCUGAUACAACAGUCACUUCUAGAAAAAAAAUGAACUCACUGUUGUUUGUAGUUUUAUCUGCUGAGGUCUGUAAGUACAAAAUAUAGUCUCCCAGCCUGGUUAAUGAACCAUUCUAUUAGAUUUGAUGUUUUGUAACAUAAAGAACUCAGUUUUCAUAUGACUGUACAUAUUGUACCAUACUACAGUCUUGAACACAGUUGAAGGUAGUCUGCCCCGCCCCCUUUUCCUCUCUCUCUCUCUCUCUCUCUCUCUCUCUCUCUCUCUCUCUCUCUCUGUCCCUCUCUCUCUCUCUAUUUUUUGUUAAGUGGAAAUAUUGUGGUCACCAUGCCAAUAUGCCAAUAGCUCUAGGUUAUAGUGUAGAUUACAACUGAAAAUCUUACCAGUUCAGGUGGUUCUAAGUAGAGAUGCAAACUGAAGUUCUGUAUUUGAACAUGACAUUAUGUCUGAUAUAGCACUGCACAGUUUACUUAAACCUUCUGUAAUUUGCUGACAUUAUGUACUUAAAAAGAUCAAAUGGAGCUGAUGCAAAUGUUGGUGAGAAGGAAUGUACAGCAAGGUGGCCUAAUCAGAUUCCAUGAUGUAUGGACAGCUGCAAAAAGCACAGUAUGGCUACCACCUGCUAUCAAAUUAAAACCAGUUUUACAAGAGGAUGACUCACAUUUAUAGCUGAUAGCUUUAGGAUCUCUUGAAUACAGUUCCAUGGCAUACAUCAUAUUGUUUUGGCAAAUAAUAAAUCAUGAAUGUUGGAUUUAACAGAAUAAUCUGCUAAUGUAUAAUGCACCUCCAGAAGGACUAUGUCCUUUGAUGAUCUAAAGAUACAAACAACUUUGAAGGCAAAAGGAGAUAAUGUUUCUUUGAGUCAGUUCCUCGUGAAGUUCCUGCUGUUCUACAGAAAAGCAAGGACAGGAAAUGAUUUGCGGAAACAGGAAGUCCAGGUGAUUCACAAGGGGGGUGGGGGGGAGCAUGUAGGCAAAGGAAUCCAAGGAUAGCAUUCUAGUGUUUCUGUUUUACAAGAGUGUUCUAUGAAUUGAUUUAUUGUCUCAGAAAAUCACACCAUUAGUAGGGAAAUCCUUAAAUGGAAGCUAUCCUCUGGAACAUUUCUUUAAUAUUCCCUUUUGGUAUGUUUGCCUUGUUUUACAGGUUAACUUUUGUUAAGCUAGUUAAACGUGAGCUGCAUUAAGACACAUUUAAUAUGGAUAAUCCAAAUUGACCUAGAAUCUUCAUGACAUUUUUUUCUCUAUUAAAAUAUUUAUAUUUCUUAAUCCAUGGUAUUUUAAGGUGUAGUAUCCUGUUUCAGGGAGACAUAGCACUUUUGCCAAAUAUAGACUUUGUUCAACUGUAUGUUAUUGGCACGUGUUGUUUACAUUUUUUGCUGUGACAUUUAAAACUAUUUCUUUUAAAAUGUUCCUGCUAAAGAUACAUUAUCCUUUUUUAAAAAGUCUCCAUUUGAAUUAAAUUAACAUAACUAGAAUUAGAAACUUAAAAGUUUUUCCACAUAAUGAAAGUCCUUCUGAUAAUUUGUCACAUAGUUCUAAUAGGCAACUCUCCCUAUCACCAAUAUGUUUGGGUUAACAUAUUCCUUCAUAUUAAAAUGACUUUUGUCAGUUGUUUUGCAUUAAAAUUAUGGCAUGCCUAAGAUAAAAUUGUAUAUUUUUCCAUCUCAUAAAUAUUCAUUUCUUCAAAUUCUUUUUUCAAUCUCAUAAAAAAAAGGGAUAGUGCAUCUUUUAAAAUACAUUUUAUUUGGGGAGGAACAUGUGGCUGAGCAGACUUUUGUAUAAUACUACUUCAAAGAUAUGUGAUCACAAACAACAAAAAAAAAACCCUAUUUUUUAUAAUGUCAUUUGAGAGAACUUCAUCAGUAUAUUUGGUGGACGUUAAUUGUUUGAAUUUGAUAGUCUUUGAAUUUAGUCAAGAAACUACCUGGAACCAGUAAAAAGAAAAGCUGGACAUAACUAACUUUAGAAUUAACUAAUCAAUGUCUUCUAAGAUCUACUGUAUUUAUUAUGAUUUACACCCUUUGAGGUGAUCUCUUGUUUUGUGUUGUAAAUAUAUUGUUUGUAUGUUUCCCUUCUUGCCUUCUGUUAUAAGUCUCUUCCUUUCUCAAAUAAAGUUUUUUUU